AGUAAUAGAGCUUCGCCGCACUCGGAGCACCGAGAAGCGGACUCCUGUCUCUCGCUGGAGAGAUGCCCGGGGCAGGAUGUGCUCUAGCCGCAAGAUCCUGUGGAGCCUGCUCCUGCUGUCCGUGGUGGAGGUGGGCCUGGGUGUGGCGAGCAUUGUCCUGGGAGCCGUGGGCAUUAGCUGGGUCCGGGGCGAGCACAAGCCGCAGCAGGGCGACGCGUCCCCGGUGUGGAGCGGACUCUGUUUUCUUGUCUGUGGGAUGUGUGGAGUGCUGUGUGCUCGAAAGAGGACGGGUCUUAUUAUGAUCCUAUUUUCAGCCUGCUGUAUCUGUGGUCUGAUUGGUGGGAUCCUCAACUUCCAGUUUGUUCGCGCACUGAACAAACGACCAGACUCCAUGCAGUCCAUCCAUCUGGCUGCCAUGACUCUGGCCUGUCUGGGGAUCUCCUCCUGUACCUUAUCCACAUGGCUCACCUGUCGACUGGCCAGCUCGGAGCAGCAGAGGAUGUUCCUGGAAAGGGAACACUCGUUGCACCACUCACACGAGAUGACCGAGAAGGAGAUCCUGGAUAACUCCAGUAACGGCAUUCCUCAGAUCUCCUACAACGGACACACCACAGCUUCACCAUGACAACAUGUCACCAAAGGCGACUUGCACACACUGAAACAGAGACGGUUCAUGAACCGCUUGCUGUCAGGUGACAAAGACAGCAUGUACUUCUUCCUACAUGUCCUGCGGCAUAGGCAGUAACUGUAUCCUGACCGCAGAGAGUGAAACCAGGUCUCCCGCCUUGGACGCCUUUUCUGGGCCGCUGGAGUAAAAGAGGGGCAUUUUAACCAUAAGAGGGAGGUGUUUGUGCUUAUGAAUGAUUAUGCAAACAUGGGUUCAAACCCCCUCUUAUCAACUCAAA